GCAAAUGGAGCUCCUGGGAGCAGCCACUGUUGUCCUCCUGAUUUGCAUUGCUUGCCUGCUCUCCAUCGCAACAUGGAAAGGGAGAUCUGGGAAGGGGAAGAUGCCUCCAGGACCAGCUCCCCUUCCCAUCCUAGGCAAUCUGCUGCAGGUGAAACCAAGGAACUUGGCCAAAACCAUUGAGAAGCUCAGUAAAGAGUAUGGACCAGUGUUCACAGUGCACCUGGGCUCUGACCCAGUGGUGAUGCUGACUGGACACGAUGUGGUAAAAGAAGCCUUGAUUGAUCGUGCAGAUGAGUUUGCCACCAGAGGACACAUGCCAAUAGGAGACAGAGCUAACAAUGGAUUAGGGAUUAUUUUUAGCAACAACAAGGAGUGGUUAGAAGUCCGACGCUUUGCUCUCACUACGCUGCGCAACUUUGGAAUGGGGAAGAAGAGCAUAGAAAUGAGGAUCCAGGAGGAAGCCGAGUGCUUGCUGGAAGAGAUUGCCAAAACAAAGGGAGCACCUUUUGACCCAACCUUCACGCUGAGCUGUGCUGUCUCCAACGUUAUAUGCUCCAUCGUCUUUGGGAAACGAUAUGACUAUAAAGACAAGAAGUUCCUGUCCUUGAUGAACAAUAUAAACAACAUCUUUGUGAUGACGAACUCCUACUGGGGACAGCUCUACCAGAUGUUCCCAAAUAUCCUGUAUUACUUGCCUGGCCCACACAACCGAGUAUUUGCAGAGUUUGAUGCUCUAAAAGCCUUUGUGGCAGAGGAGGCCAAGGUACACCAAGCCUCUCUAGAUCCCAACUCUCCUCAAGAUUUCAUUGACUGCUUCCUCAGCAAAAUGGAGGAGGAGAAAAAUAACCCAGAUUCCAGUUUCCACAUGAAGAACUUGAUAACCAGCACCUUUGAUUUGUUCAUUGCUGGAACUGAGACAACCAGCACCACCGUAAGAUUUGGGCUUCUGCUGCUUCUCAAAUACCCAAAGAUACAAGAGAAAGUUCAAGAAGAGAUUGACCAGGUAAUAGGACGAUCACAAAAACCUUCUCUGGCAGAUCGGACUCGGAUGCCCUACACAGAUGCAGUGGUCCAUGAAAUCCAGCGCUUCAUCUCUCUCAUUCCCCUAGCUCUCCCUCACACUGUAACCAAAGACACUUGCUUCAGAGAGUAUGUCAUUCCCAAGGGCACUACAGUCUUUCCCAUCCUCAGUUCUGUCCUCCAUGAUAGUAAAGAGUUUCCAAACCCAAAUGACUUUGACCCUGGACAUUUCUUGAAGGAGAAUGGCACCUUUAAAAAGAGCAACUACUUCAUGCCUUUCUCGGCAGGUAAAGCACAGGCUUUCUCUCUCUCUUCCUCUCUCUGUCAGCCUCUUUCUCUAGGACAACCCUGUCUCUUCUCAGCAUGGCCUCACUGGUGCUUCCCCACUCUCUGUAAAACUCCUCCUUGCUGCUCCUUUUACCUGCUGCAUCUCUCAACUUGUUCAGGCCUGGUGGCUUCUCAAACCUUCUACAAGGAGAUGCUGAUGUAAUGAUGUGAAUAGGACCCAUUGACACUUUUUAAAUGCCGGUCACCUUCCUACCCAGCCUCUAAAGUCAACCUUAACCAACUCGGCAUUCUGUGGCAGCUACACUUUUCCCCAGUAUUCUUAAGUACCUCUCAAGCUACAUACAAUCACUUACCUACCAACAGCCCCAACCCUCUGCCUUCUCACAUGUGCUUUACAUCACCUUGCUCUCAUCUUGCCUCCUCUGAUGCCCUCUUCAUGUUUAAGACUUUUCCUAUUCUUCUUCUUCCUUCAAACACCCAAUAAACUGCCAAAGGCCUUUCUCCAACAAAUUGCUGCCCUCAGCAAUCCCAAAAGUCAUCUGACUGCUGUGGCUGUAUCUGGUAGACAAAACUCAGACUUACUUGGCUGUUGUUUGCUGUUUUCACUUCUAGGGAAGCGAAUAUGCCCUGGAGAGGGCCUGGCACGCAUGGAGAUAUUCU